AAUAUGGACGAAACUGGCUUUUGUAUUAGCGUUUUAAACGGAAAGAUUAUUAUUAUAUACCUUAAUAUAAAAGCUAUCUAUUUGGCAGAUCCAGAUAAUCGAGAAUUACUUACUAUAAUCGAAACUAUAUCCGCUAGCGGCGAAGUAAUUAUACUAUUUCUUAUUUUAAAGGGAGAGAUCCUAUUAGAGGAAUACUUUAAUAAUGAUCUUGAUACCGAAACGGUGUUUGCUAUAAGCUCGACUGGAUAUACAAAUAACGUUCUUAGCCUGAAAUAUAUUAAGCACUUCCAUAAUUAG